AUCACCCCUCAAUAAUGCCAUUUUAUUAUAUUCUUGUUUGGUGAAAACGAGGCGCGGGAAAAUGUGUGCCGCGCAAGAAUCCAAUCAUUUGGCUAGAUUUAUGACUGUUUUUUAUGUCAUACCUAAAAAUAGAAUGUUUACGCUUUCUUCGUUGAUGAUCGUUUUUAUUAUUUUUUAAAUUGAAAGUAUGAAUUAUUAGUUAGAUUGCGGAUUUUGUAACUUGGUAUACUUACCUUUUAUCAAUUUAAAAAACAUAGCAUGCUAAUUGUGAACAAAUAUAGUCAUAAAACACAGAAAUAUAAAGUUAUAAUUGCGAUGUGCCACACCCGGGCCACACCCCCUCAAGAAAGCAUGUGUUUAUUAAGCUGUUUAUCUCACUUUACAACAAUACCAUUUUAAAAAAUGCCACUUUUCAUUCAAGAGCUUGAGGUGAAACCGGAAAUGUCAAUAGAAAACUUCAUCAAAAAGUUUUCACAUUUUAAAGAAUCCUCAAGACAACUUCAGCAACAGCAGAUCAGGGUUGUUGGCCCAAAACAUCUUUUGUACAUUGGUCAACGAGAAGUAGGAGGGACUUGUCCUACAGAUAAGACUGUAUCAGUUUUGGGCUCAGAAGAUGCGACAACAUGUCAUAUUGCUGUUAUGAGGCAUACAGGUUCUGGUGCUACAAGCAUGAUACAUUUUGAUGGUUGUUCAACUGCUCAAGGACUUGAGGCCAUGAUUACAAUAGUUUCCAAUCUUACACAAAAUAUGUCCUCUGGCAGGCUUGAACUUCAUCUUGUUGGUGGGUUUUUAGAUGAUCAGCUGAACUCUCACACAGUUUCAAACAAAAUACUCAAAGCUUUGUGUGAAUGUCAACAUGAGAUUCAUCUGGUUACAGCAUGUAUAACCCAUUUCAAUACAGUAUACAAGCAUCACAAUAAACCUUUCCCAGCUAUAUAUGGCGUAGCUGUAAACAUUGAGACUGGUGAGAUUUUCCCAGCAACUUUUCCAGAUAAAGGUCCAGACCUUGCUUUAAGAAGUGCUCGCCAUUUUACCGGUGGAAAAGAUAAUAUAAUCAUCUAUGAUCCUCACAUGCAUGAAUUGACAAUAGGGCCAUUUGAUUACUCUGGGAUGCCAAACCUAGAUUUUUUUCUAUCUUUAACAAACAGAGAUAUUAGAAAAUUUUUAUCAACUUCUCCUGAUCAAGAACCAGAGGGCUUUGAAGAUAAUGUGAGGACAACUCUAAAGUGGCUCAAUGAUUUUCCAGAACCACUAAAAUCUGUAUUUAAGAAUGGAGCCCCUCGAAGAUAUGUUAAAGACCCAUUUGGUGCAUGGAUAGCUGUAGAGUAAUUGCACUUGAAAAAACCUGUCCAUUGGUUUUAUUGCCAAAUUGUACAUAAUAUUGUAUAUUAAACUUCUUUUUUUUU